GCCUGGCUUGCAGGAGGUUGGCGGUGGCCAUUCAUUCUUCUGCGGUCCGCCGGAGGACGUGGAACAAGAAAAGAAAAACGGACCCGCAGGAAAGAAAAAAAAAAAGCUCCAGAAAAGAGGACACAAUUCAGCGACAAGUCGAGACGAAAGUUAUCCACCUUCGACGGAGACUUUACGCCUCCUUCCUUCACCGUCCAUCCUCCAAGCAGCGACUGGCCUCACUUGGACUAAGCAACAACCAAAAUCCAUCAGAGAGUUUUGGGCGUGUGUGGGUGUCGGCCCAGGGGAAGGCCGCACUAAAAGGAUGUAGACGGCGAGCGGCGGGCGUAAGACGAAGGACGGCGAGCUGCAUGCGAGAGGAGGAGGAGGGGAGAUAAGAGGAACCCUGGAACAGGAAGUGAGGCGAGAGACCACUUCUUCAGCGUGAGGAGCGCCAGGGAUUCGCCGCCAGCAUGUGUCAUGUGAUCGUCACCUGCCGCUCCAUGCUGUGGACUCUGCUGAGCAUCGUGGCCGCCUUCGCUGAGCUCAUCGCCUUCAUGAGCACCGACUGGCUGGUGGGCUACCCGCGCACGCCCGACGCCGUCUUCGGACACCACGGCACCACGGCGGCGGGCGAGGCCUACAGGCCCACGCUGGGCAUCUACGGCCGCUGCGUCAAGCUGCCACACCUGAAGCGCGGCGUGCUGUGCGGGCCGUACGCCGUCCACUUUGGCGAGAUCGCCAGCGGGUUCUGGCAGGCGACAUCCAUCUUCCUGGCAGCUGGCAUCUUGUUGCUGUGUGCUGUGGCCUUCAUCUCCGUCUUCACCAUGUGCUUCCAGAGCAUCAUGAAGAAGAGCAUCUUCAACGUCUGCGGCCUGCUGCAGGCCAUCGCAGGUCUCUUCCUGAUCCUGGGCCUGAUGCUGUACCCCGCCGGCUGGGGUUCGGACAAGGUCCAGCUGUACUGCGGGCCGGACGCGGCGCCGUACCGCGCGGGCCUGUGCUCCAUGGGCUGGGCCUUCUACACGGCCAUGGGCGGCACGCUGCUCACCUUCCUGUGUGCCGUCUUCUCCGCCCAGGCAGAGAUCGCCACCUCCAGUGACAAAGUGCAGGAGGAGAUCGAGGAGGGCAAGAGCCUCAUUUGCCUGCUGUGACGUCAUCCCGCCACCAGGGGGCACCCUUGCUUACUUUUGUACAUACUGUAGUCCUCCAGGGAACUGCCACUCCGCCAAAAUAAAACUACUCCACUCAAGAGUGGACUGAUGGAGCUUACGGAAUGUAGUGUGUGUGCGUGUGUGUGUGUGUGUGUGUGUGUGCGUGUGUGUGUGUGAGACCCUUGAAAUGUAUCGCCAGAGAGGAUUCUUCAGUCCGUGCAGGUUCAGCAUCCCGAGAGAGAGACUGUGUCGCCGUGGCAACCGUCACUGAACUAAAGACCCUCCACGUCAGAGUUCCGGUAAAGAACUUUUGUUUGUUUUUUGUUGUUUUUUUUUUUCCUGCUCCCGCGGAGGACGUGUCUCUCGUUGCCUUAGCAACCUGUGUUGUGUUGCCGCACGGAGACGUGUGUGUGUGUGUGUGUGUGCUGUCAGCUGGUGUGUGCAGGACAAUAAAAGAAGAAAAAAAGGGGAAA